AUGACACGACAGCGUAUGUUGUUUUUUCUUAAACGACAUAUCCCGAUAAUUGAAUGGUUACCCUCGUAUAACCUUCGUGAAGAUUUGCAAUUUGAUGUUGUAGCAGGGAUUACAGUUGGUCUUAUGUUAGUACCUCAAGAAGUCUCCCUGAGUGCCAUUAUGGGGGUUCCACCCAUCUAUGGACUUUAUACUGCGGCAGUUGUUCCAAUGAUUUAUCCACUUUUUGGUACAUCUCGUGUUCUCUCAGUAGCAAAUGGUGCUGAAGUGAGUCUUUUAGUUGGUUCUGCUAUUAAAAAAGUGGAAAGUGAAGAAGAACGAAUUGCAACUGGCAUCUUAUUAAGUUUUCUAAGUGGUGGUGUUCUCUUGUUUAUGGGAAUGUUUCGACUUGGUGUGAUUGCUGAUUUUUUUUCAAGACCAGUAAUGGGAGGAUUUCUAUCUGCUGGUGGUGUUCUCAUUAUGUUAUCACAAUUUGCUAGUUGGUGGGGACUUGAACUUAAAAGCAGAGAUUUACCAGUGUUAACAGUCUUGGAUUUAUUUCAACACUUUCGAGAAUUUAAUGUUUUAAGUUUUCUAGUUGGGACACUUUCAAUUGGUGUUUUAGUUGGAAUGUAUGAAUUAAAACGACAUGUUGUGACUGAAUUAACGAAACUUGAAGAAGAGUUUGAAGAUCAAUUUGCGAUUGAAACAUCGAGAGCAAUGGCGCAAUUAUCCAUGAGAUCUUUGAAUGAAGAGCAGAGUAUGAAAAGUGAAGAAAAGGAUGAAACAGACGAUCUUGAGAGACGAAAUGUUAAGGAAAAAGAGGUUGAAAUGGUAGAGAAACAAAAACGACAAAGUGAAAAAGAAUCUGUAGCGGUGAAUGUAGCAGUCUCACCACGUGGAUCGAGGUGGGCAGACUUACCUGCAGUUUUUACAACAGGUGCAUUAAGACGUCGUGAUUACGUUCUGUCAUCACCUUGGAUUGCAUCGUCGCGUAAUAGUCGAGAGUCUGGAUACAAUGAUUCCGAGUCCAAUCGCUCAUGUCGUCAACGAGAUUCACUCACUCGUACGAAUUUACAUGGACGAUUAAAUGAUGAAAGUGUCGGGUUUUCACUUUCUGAUGAAGAUUAUAUCACAAUUGAAAGACCUUUAGAUUUUGGAACUCGACCUGAUAGCACAUCUCGAAGCCAAAAUCUGAAUUCCGAGGAAACAUUAAGUCGAUUGAAACCAAUGGAACUUCAAAUCAAACGACUUGAAAAUCAUGAUCAUUCGGAAGCUCAAGCAGAAGCUGAAAUGAAGGAACGAGUGAAAGAAUUGACAUCUCCAGAUAAAUUUCGAGAUGAUUCACCUGAUUCAUCAACGGCUCUUACAGGUCGAAUGCUUGCUGCAUCCUCGACUUCAAUUCGUCUCUUACGUUCAAAAAUGGCUGUUUUGAUCACACUUCGAUUAUUAUGUGAUCUUGGUGCAUUUAUGGUGUGUUUACUUGGUGGUAUUGUCGGGUAUUUAGCACCAGAAGGUUCGUUAAAUCUAGCAGGUGAUAUCCCGGGUGGAUAUCCUGCACCAAAACGGCCGUGGUAUGGAUUUGGGGACAAUAUUAUUGAAGCUGAUCGUUUCUAUCAUUUGUUUAUUGAUACACUUUCCAUUGCCAUUAUCUCGUACAUGUGUAGUAUUGCUAUGGCAAAACGUCUUGCUAUUAAAGAAGGCUAUCGAAUUCGUCCUAAUCAAGAACUGAUUGCACUGGGAUUUUCAAACUUGAUUGGUUCGUUUUUUCAAGGAAUGCCAUCUACGGGUGGUCUCUCACGUACUGCAGUGAAUAUGCAAAAUGCACGUACACAACUCGCAAGUGUCAUUACAGUGCUUGUUGUUGUGUUUGUAUUGUACACAUCAACGUCAGCAUUGGCGUAUUUACCAAAAGCAAGUCUUGCAUCAAUAAUUAUUGUUGCUGGUUAUUCCUUAAUUGAAAUGAAGGAAGCCAAGUGGCUUUAUCGUGUCAAACGCGAUGAAUUUUACGUUUGGUUAGCUUCAUUUGUACUUUCAUGUAUUUUAGGAGUCUUGCCGGGUUUAUUGUCUUCGAUCUUUUGUUCAUUAAUUGCUGUGAUUUAUAAAACACGUCGUCCAACUGUAAUAUUGUUGGGUGAAACGAUUGAUGAAGAGACUGAUGAAAAACGGAUUGUAGAUCUGGAUAUGUAUCCCGAUACUGCAGUUUCCUUGUCAGAUAUUGUAGCAAUUCGUGUUGAAGGUGCUUUGUACUUUGCCAAUUGUGAAUAUAUUGAACGAGUAGUCGAACGUGAAGUUCGAAAGCGUCAUGAAAUGGAUAGUGUCGCUGUACGUGGUGUGAUGAUUGAUGCUGGUUCGAUCAUGGAUUGGGAUAGCACCACAAUUCAAAUGAUGAAACAUUUAAAAUCGGAGUUGAGAACGCAAGGAAUUAAAUUGGCGAUUGUGAAUGCACGUGAUCGACUCCAACAUUUGCUACAGACGUCGGAGUUUUUAAUUGGGAUAGUACAUGAUGACGCUCGAAUUAGCUUUCAAGAAGCUAUUCAAGCUAUACGAGAGGAAGAUUUGCCUUUAGAGAAACAGACAAUUGCUUGCACGUCAAGACUGCAAGACAUUUAA